AUGACACGCUUAACCAAGGCCGGGGCCGAGAACACGAUUUCUGAAAUCACAGAAGAUUCUUCAGCGGCAACAACGACAUCUUUCAAAGACCAGCUAAGCAAGUUCCAAUACUCCGAUGGAAACGCACCAUUGAAUAUUGGUACUGCUGAGUCAGGGCGUCCUCAACGUACAGCCAAACGUGCGAGGCCUGCAGAGCCAGAUGUUGUUACCACUGCAUCCACGCCUUCUCCACGGCCAAAGAAGAAGCGCGCAUCCAGCAAAUAUGCAGAUCCAUCCAAAUAUGCCCACUUAUCGCCAUUGGUCGAUAUUUUAGAGCCAAACCUGAUCUGUGUUUUCGUUGGUACAAACCCUGGUGUACAAACCGCAACUGCAGGCCAUGCUUACGCGCAUCCGUCGAAUCACUUCUGGAAGCUACUGUAUUCCUCGGGUCUCACUGAUCGCCGUCUCAAGCCAGAAGAAGAUCGCAGUCUACCCGCACUGUAUUGCAUGGGUAAUACGAACAUUGUUGAGCGCCCAUCAAAAGACGCAGCGGAGCUGUCGAAAGAAGAAAUGGCUGCAGGUACAGCGAGUCUUGAUGCAAAGUUCGUAAAGUACAAGCCUGAAGCAGUUUGUAUCGUUGGCAAAGGCAUCUGGGAGUCGAUAUGGCGUUAUCGGUAUGGAAAGAACAUGGGCAAGGCGGACUUCAAGUAUGGAUGGCAGGACGAGAAGCACAAUAUGGGCAAAAGUAUGGACGGUGAAGAGACGGAUGCUAAUGGCGAGGUCUGGAACGGCGCGCGUGUUUUCGUCACGACAAGUACAAGUGGUCUCGCAGCAAGUCUGAAGCCAGCCGAGAAAGAAGCGAUCUGGAAGCCAUUUGGAGAAUGGGUGCAGAGAAGAAGGGAGGAGAGAGGUUUCAUCCCCAGAUCAUCGGAUGUGCCGGAACCAUCAUGA